AUGUCAGCUCUUUUCAAUUUCCAGUCCCUCCUCCUGGUGAUACUGCUCAUCAUCUGCACGAGCACCUAUGUCCACGCUAUGCUGCCAGGGUUCAUGGAUCGCAACCGUCAUGGAUUCUUCGGGAUAUUCUGGAAAUGCGCUCGAAUCGGGGAAAGGUUGAGUCCGUACGUCAGUAUCUGCUGCGUCUUGAUGGCUGUGUCGAUCUUCCUUGGUGGUUGA